AUGAAGGAGAAGGACCAAACAUCGAUAUGUGUUGAGGAGGAGACAAAUGCGACAAAUAAUACCACUAAUGCGACGACAAUAUCAUCAAAUACAAGCAAAGAAAUUUUUGAUGAUUCUUGCUUUAAAGCACCACUUCUUCUACCACCACGGAAAAGUGUUGGACGUCGUCGUGGUAGUUCACUUCGUAACGGACAAACAAUUAACGUUGAUUCAAUAGCAAAACAAUCGUUAAGUUUAAUUCAACCUGCUAAAGAUGUAAAAGAGGGAACGUCAACCAUUUCAAAUGAUUCGAUGUCAUGUUCAUGUUCACAAACAUAUGUAAAAACAUUAUUGGUAAAAGACAAAAUUACAUUAUUGAAAGAAUCAAUUAUUGAUGAUUUUUCCUUGUUGAUGUUCAAAAAUUUAAAUGAUUUACAGGUCUUUCAGGACGAACUGAAAGCUAUCAAAGCAAAAGAGGAAGCAGAAGAGAAACGGCGUAGGUAUGAGGAAAAUGUACGGUUAGGCUUAAUUAAGAAAAAAGGCCGCAAAAGUAAGGCCCAAUUAGAGAAGGAGCGAAAACUGGAGAGGAGACGUUUACGACGUGAAAAGAAGGAGCAACGUCGAAGAGAUCGUAGAGAGCGUCGAGAACGUGGAGUGCGUGAAGGAACUAGCAUUGAUAGCGAAGAGCGACGAUUACGCAAAGAGAGAAAACGUGAGCGAAAAGAACGACGUGAACGUGAAAUGCGUGAGCGUGAAUUAAUUGGUGAUGAAAAAUUGGAAAAGAAGGAGCGUAAGCGAAAAUUGAAAGAUUCAAAUGCAACUAAAAAAUCCUCUCGACAAUCGGUUAGUUUUUUGCAUUUUACAUUUAAAAUAUUUGAAUAUUUGACAUUCGUAUGCCAUAACUCAUUAUCAUAUAAAGUGAGAAAAGUUUAA